GCUGGUGGGUCUCCGAAGGCUUCGGUCGCAAUGAGAGCUACACGCUCCCACCCGAAUUCUACCGUGCCUACGACGUCCGUCAUGCUGGCAACCUGCCCUUAUGGGAAGCUCUUCGGAACAACUCCAAUGUGAGUUGUUCUUCGCGUUGCUGCUGCGCGGAUUGUGCUCGGAGUUGCGCUGCUUGCGACGAAGUUCAUUGGUGUCCGACUGGUCACGAAGGUCAGGUGCUGCCAGCGGUGCUUGCGAUGCCGGGCGUAGACGAAGGCUUCAACGAGGAGAUUGCACAGAGCCACGGCUUUCGAUUUGGACUCCGCUACCUCCGCCCUCGCCGCUACGCACAACUGGCCAUGGAGGCGCUGUCGACCGCUGCUCCUGCCAUCGUGCACAUGUGGCAUCCUUCGCAGCUUUAUACACGCUUGCGGCUGCUGCAGAUCCCUGUUCUGCGGCUGACGCUGCCCAGGGAUCAAUGCGUCUCCAACGGUCUCGACGCCCUGCACUGGUCCUGUGACUUCCCGGAGCAAGAAAUGCGAAAGUUCUUGUCCCUGGACGCCAAAGCCGAUUCGGUCGCCCUGAACUUCUUCAGUCAGUUCGCGUUGCAGCAGAACUCAGGACAACGAGCUUCGGCGGCGUCAUCUGCGGCGAGCGCGAGCGCGAGCGGCUUGGAGGGCGCCGGAAUGGAGGAGCUGCUCGGAGCCUUGCUCGCCGGAGCCGCCGAAAGGCCCAGCGACCAGGACGUCGUCCGCGUCGCUUGCAGCUGGAUCCUCGAAAACGAGGCAGAGUGGUCCAAGUGGGCAAAGCCUCGAGAAGUUCCUUUUUACGCUGACACACUGAACUCUUGGUAUCCCUUCCCGUCCUUGGCCGCCUUGCUGCUCCUUGCGGUUGGGACGAUGGCACUUCUGGAAAACCCCUGCUUGUCGACCACAUUAAGUGUGAGAGAAUGGCGGCGGAUUUUGCAAAAGAACGGCGCAGUUUGGCGAAGCGAUGUAGAGCUGAAGCUGCGGAAAAACCUCGGGGACAGCCCAGUCAGCCCAGCGAGCGCAAGUCCACGAAGGAAUAGUUCGCAAGUCUCCCAGGUCUCCUUGAAGCAGGACUGGGAAGGCUUGGCAGAGAAAUCUCUGCGACGAGCAAGCGAGUUCUGGAAUCGUGCCGAUCGCUGGGUUGCCGAAGCUCAGUGGAGGACGCCUGCCGGGCAUGCUGACGGCCAGGCCGAGGCCAGCUUCGUAAGCUUCGCGCACCACAGCUUCCCCUGCUUCCAGCAUUCCAAAGAAGCGGUGGUGUUCCUGCGACGCUCCAGGCAGGAAUCCAAGUUGGAAGUGGAAGUUGUCGUGGAAGCCAGCGAGGGUGGCGCGAAAGCGAACAAGGACUUUUAUCCUCAAAGCCACUCUGUUGUGUUUUCGCCGGGCCAGAGCGAAGCAGUGCUUCGGAUACCCGUGGUUCACCACCAGGAUUGUUGGCAAAACUCGUACUGGUUCCAGGCUCGACUUGGGAGCCUGCGGGACCCCAUGGCCGUCAAAGCAGCCCCGGCCAAAGCGACGAUUUGGGUCUUCGACGAGGAUACCUGGCCAGCCAACAUCCCUGGGCAUAUGCGGACCGGCCAGGGCAUCAGCUUGAUGAGGUAUUUCAUCAAAGCGGACCGGAGCAGGAGGGGGGACAAGUGGACCAAGACCAUGAUCGCCAUGGUCUUCUUGCCGGUGCACUCAGUGCUCGUUUCCACCCUUGUGCAGAAGACGCUAGUCGACCAUGCGAUUGGUCGGUUAAUCGGCUUGAACUCCACCUGGGGGUAUCUGGAAUGCGUGCUGUUGGUCUUGGUUCAGCUCCUGAGCCUGGGCCUGAACCGCUGGGCCGACGUGGUGCAGACCCGGAACCGUGGCCGCACCGGGGGCAUCCGCCAGGCACACCGGUCGGACAUGAUCCGGAAGUUCAUGCACCUGGAACGCAACGAGUACUGGGAGGCAACCGACACAGAUUGGCUCUAUGCAGCCAUCUACGAUGUCGAUAUCAUCACCGGCAAAGCGUAUUUCCAAGUCUUCGUUCUCGCACAGAGCUGCUUUGCCCUCCUGCUUUCGGUGCUGCUGGUCACGGGACUGGCAGUGUGGAGCUAUCUGGAGCAGGCAGACGGCGCCUCUACCGUCGUCGGGGUCCAAACAGCAUGGUAUGUCACCGGUGUUUUGGCCAUGAUCGUGGCUGGCUUCUUUGGUGUAUGGAUCCGGAUGAAAAUCAUAUGGGUGGCCGUGCUGGCGAGAAAGAAGCAGGAAUGCCGCUGGUUCAAAUCAUGUGUCUGGGUGUUCACGAGCUGGCGGCAGUUCACAGGCCUCUUGCAAUCCGAGAAGGCGCAGAUCGAAGCACGCGUUCUGUCGCAGAAUGCUUCAUUUGUUCCUGCUCAUUGGGAUGCUCGCGAUGCAAUGAAUGACACGGCUUGGAUUACACAUUGGAUUCAGGGUGUGGCAUACUGCCUGAUGCUUGCCUUUGGCUCCUUUGCACUGGCAGAGUACCAAGCCUAUGGCAUCGGCGCCAUGGAGGUGGGCACCUUCUAUGCUCUCUGCAAGAUCUAUUUGAGUGUGGGAAAGUAUAUUGGUCGCCUGAGCAAUACCUUCGUCAACAUGCAGCAGGCCAUCGUUUCUCUGAGAGACGUCGCGGCGCUCCUGAAUCAAACCUGCCAGAGGUCACAGCGACAAGAGGCAGCGCGCCUCAGCAAACUUCGGAGCUACAAAAGCCGGCCUGGGACGAUCAGCGGCAUCCUGCGCUUCCAAGACAACCUCUGCUUCAUGCGGCCCGAGCACUUCAAGGUGGGCUCGACCUUCUCGGAACUUCGACUUCGCAAAGGCUGCUGUUUGCCACUCGGGCGUGCAAUCCAUGUGUCCGCAAGGAACGAGCGUGUGUUAAGGAGUUUUCUUGGCCUGGCUGCGCAGGUCAUCCUCCCCACCGGUCCUCUGGGCGAAGAAGCAUCGCUGAAGACACCUUCGGUGCUGGUCCCACCGGGCCUGACACUGAAGAUGCUUCCCACUGUGCCUGUUACUUUCGGAACUGGGCACUCCACUGUGGAGCAGCUAAGUUUUACCGGCGCACCGCUGGAGCUCUGCGAAGCACUGCUGGCGGCCGUGGGACUGGACAGUCGCGAGCCCCAAAGCCUGGGCCCGGGGUCCUCCCAGGUCUUCUCCAUUUGCCGGGCGCUGCUGGUCGACCCGGACGUGCUCUGUGCCUUCCGGCCCCUGGCUCUGGUGCCGUUGGAUGUGAAGCCUCAGAUUGCUACUCUGCUCCGACUUUGGCAAGGAGGAGGAGGUUUGCCUGGCAUCGCGGCUGCUCUGGGCUUCGCCAUGGACAGCGAGGUCUAUCGACCCAAGGCUCGGACGUUGAUUCUCGGCAACUCUGCAGGCGACCUGCCCAAGCUCCCGGCGCUGGAUGAGCAUCUCGAUUUGGAUGCAAUUCUCUGGUGUGACGAGUCUUCUCCGAGAGCCAGGGCCGUGGUGGAGUCCGAGUCUGUGCCUUCGAGCUCGCCUCCACGAUCCCAGAGCCAGCAGAGCCAGGCCUGCUAUAAGAUCCGCUAG